AUCACAAAAUUGAUUCUGAAAUUCUUGUCUGAUUACUCUUAUUUGAUUGAUUUGUCUUGUUUCUGAAAUCUCUAAAUCCUCAUAUCUCUGAAAUUGUCAUUCUGAAAAUCAUUCUGAAAAUCUAUCUAAACCUCUGAAUUUCUGAUCAAAAUGCCUGAAACAAUCAACACUUCAUCUAGUAACAAUCUUGAAUUAACUCAAGAUCCUACUAGUGUGUAUUUUCUUCAUCCAUCUGAUAACACUUCAGUUCAAUUGGUUUCUCCUACAUUUGAUGGCACUGGUUAUGCUGACUGGAAAAGAAUGAUGAUCAUUAGCUUAUCAGCUAAAAAUAAAACAUGUUUUGUUGAUGGAAGCCUUGAUAAACCUACUGAAGUUAAAACACUCAAAGCAUGGCAACGAUGCAAUAACAUGGUUACAGGAUGGAUUUUACGAUCUCUAGAUGCUAUGACUGCUAAGAGUGUUUUACAUCUAAUGACUGCUAGAGAGAUCUGGAAAGAUCUUGAAGAAAGAUUUGGCCAAUCUUCUACUGCUCAACUAUAUUCAAUUCAACAAGAUCUAGCAACUAUUUCUCAAGAAAAUGAUGAUGUUGGUGUCUUCUUUACUAAGAUGAAAGUUUUAUGGGAUGAACUGGAUAAUUCUAACCCCUUACCUUGCUGUGAAUGUACUGGUUGCACUUGUAAUUUGACUCAAAAGUUCCUCAAGAUCCAACAGGAUCAGAGGUUAGUGCAAUUUUUAAUGAAACUAAAAGAAGGAUAUCAGCAAGUUAGAACCAAUAUCCUCAUGAUGCCACAACUUCCACCCUUAUCUCAAGCCUACAGAUUAGUUCUUCAAGAACAAAGGCAUAAAGAGCUGAGUUCUCUUCAUACUUCUUCCUCUGAACCAAUGGCUUUUGCUGCAGACAGACAAAACUUCUCUAUGACUCGAAACAAUUACAAACAACCAAAUUUUUCCAACUCUGGCUUUCAUUCUUCUAAACCUCCUUAUUCUUCUGGAAACAAACCUGUUAUUGGCAACAAAAGAGGCUCUUAUUACUACUGUUCUCACUGUAAAAUUCCAGGACAUAGCCUUGAAAGGUGCUUUAAAGUCCAUGGAUAUCCAGCUGACUAUAAACCACCUCAGAAAAGGUUUGCUGCUGCUAUUCAAGGAGAAGAUCUUACUGAUGAUCUUCCAUCUUCUUCUUCAGAAGUAAUUCAACCUGUCUUGACUAUGGAUCAAUAUCAGAAACUCCUUGAUAUGCUGGGCCAAUCAGGAACUCAGAAACAAGAUCUCAGCAAAGAACCUGGUGAUGGGGAAGCUCAAGCCAAGUAUUUUGCGAGCUUAGGGGCCAAGAUCAUAUUGUCUGCUAGAAAUGAAGCUGAAUUGGAGCGAGUUAGAAAUGAACUUAUUGGUAAAUAUGCUUCAAGUGAAGUCAAGAUUUUACCCCUUGACUUGGCAUCUGGAGAAGAAUCUCUUAGGGAGGCUGUCGAAAGAGCUGAAGCCUUCUUCCCUGGUGUUGGUGUUGAUUAUAUGAUCCACAAUGCGGCAUAUGAACGUCCUAAAUCUACAGCUCUAGAUGUUUCUGAAGAAAGUCUUAAGGCUACGUUCGAUGUAAAUGUUUUGGGGCCAAUAACUCUGAGCAAGCUGCUUGCACCUUAUAUGGUGAAGAGAGGGAGGGGUCAUUUUGUGGUGAUGAGUAGUACUGCAGGGAAGGUACCUUCACCAAGUAAAGCAGUGUAUUCCGCUUCUAAAUUUGCCUUGCAUGGAUACUUCCACUGCUUGCGCUCAGAGCUCUUUCAGAAAGGAAUUAGGGUCACUGUUGUUUGUCCUGGACCAACAGCCCCCCCAAAAAAUGGUCAAGUAGGGAGCACAGCGCAAGCAAAGACCUCCAAGCUGCAGAAGAGUGUUUCUGGAGAAAGGUGUGCACAGUUGAUAGCAAUUGCUGCUAGUAACGGUUUGAAGGAAGUAUGGAUAUGUUAUCAACCCGCGCUUGCUGUGAUGUAUGUGGCCCAGUACAUGCCAACAAUUUGCUAUUGGCUCAUGGAUAAGAUUGGCGGGAAACGAGUUGAAGAAGCUGCACAAGACAAGCCAAAGAGGAUGUGAAAUCAUUUGAUUGAAUCUUCGCAUUGCCUAUUAGUGUAGCUUUGAGAAACGUUAUGGAGUAAUCUGUGAAUUGACUCUGCUUCUUAUGAUUACCUCAGUGCUGGACAUGAUCAGUUUCUGCAACGGGGAAACUACAUUGUGUUUGUAUUUGGUAGUUUAAGAUGUGCACUUCUACUUGGUUGUACAAACGCUACGAUGAAAACUUGGAUGAUAGAAUUGAAUCUCAAAAUAAAACCGUUAACGCCAAA